AUGAGAGAGGGGAAUUUGGGAGAUAUUUCAUCAGCAGGUGGCCUCCAUGAUUAUUUGGUGGAACUUCAUGAAGAAUUUGGAGACAUAGUGUCCUUUUGGUGGGGCAAAGAACUUGUCAUUAGUCUUGGUUCUCCAGAUCUCUUGAAGGAGACUGCCCACAUGUUCAACCGACCACCACAGCUAUUUGCAUUUCUGGAAGAUCUCGUUGGGAAGAAAUCCAUACAAUAUGCCAAUGGGAAGGAUGGUCGAAUGCGACGGGAACAAUAUGACAAGUGCUUUUCCCAUGCAGCUUGCAUAUCUUACUUCCCCAUCAUCAAGAAAGUGAGUGAUGAUCUGGUAGAGCAGCUGCAGAAUGUCCCAGUUGGUGAUCACGUGCCAGUGCACAAGUACAUGACUGCAUUUGCCAUCAAGAAUGUUCUUAAGUGCUGCUUUGGUGGCAUAUCUGAUGAGGAUAUUGUUCACAUUGCUCUGGAGUAUGAUGUUGCAAUGAAUGAGAUGCAGAGGAAACUUUCAGGCCAACUGCUGCCAGAUGAAGAUCCAAGAGAGCAUAGGUACAGGAAGAGUCUGAAGGUUCUUCAUGGAAGUGUUAAACGCAUUGUUGACCAUUGGAGGAAGGAAAGAGGAGGAGCCAGAAAUGGAGAGGAUUCCUCUCAUCUCUUUCUUGACACCAUAAUUGAUUUUGUGGAAGGAAAGGCUGAGCUAUCUGAGCAAGAGAAAUUGGACAUAAUCUAUUCAGACACCAUGAGCUAUCUUGUAGGAGGAUUCCACACUACUGGAAAUUACACCCUGUACGAUUUUGGAACUCCCAAGUAUCAUGUAGAAGAAGAGGCUGCUUAUGUCAUUGGAGACCACUAA